GAGAAGUCAACGCAUGCUGAGGAGACAUCCGAGACAACUGAGAAUCCCAUAACAGAGGAGAGGUCAACGCAUGCUGAGGAGACAUCCGGGACAUCGCAGAACCCCACAACAGAGGAAAAGUCAACGCAUGCUGAAGAGACAUCCGAGACAUCAGAGAAUCCCACAACAGAGGAGUCAACGCAUGCUGAGGAGACAUCCGAGACAUCGGAGAACCCUACACCAGGGGAGCAGUCAACGCAUGCUGACGUGACAUCCGAGAGAACGGAGGCGGCUACAGCUGGUAAGAAAUCUCGCUUUCGCUAUCUCAUAAUGUUUUUUAAUCCUGAACCGGAUGAUAUAACUUAA